AAUUCCCUGCAACGCUGUUGGACACUUUUCUAGUUUAUGAGACUCGUGGACAUCGAGUUUGAAAUAUGAGCGAUCUUGGAUUUACCGAUAUGUUAAACACGGACUCAUCCCGAGUGUCAGGAGAUACUGGCUUCAGUGAAUUAUUGCGGUCAGCAGAACGGUUAUCUGCUGCUGUAGAAGGCAAUGAAGAACUUCCUCAGGUUGAGAGAAAUCUUCGUCAAAUUUUAGAAGCUUCCAACGAACUUUGGUCUCGUGUCACACAAACCGGCACGCAGGAUAAUCAAGUACAAGCGCAUCUGUUGCUUGGUUCACGUGGUGUUGAUUUACCUCAGAUUUCGCAGAAAUUAAGUUCACUUAGUGCACGACGUACAUUUGAACCUUUAGAUCCUAUUGCGGAUACAGAUAUAGUUAAUUACCUUAGAAAUGAAAAAGAAAAUGCUAUUUUAUCAAUCAUUGAACAGGUUCAUAAAGAUACAUUUGAACUUACCAGAGUUCAACAAAUGGAGCAUAUGUUGGGUGAAUGGAAACAAAUGAGAUUUGAGAUAAUAAAUGCCAUGACAGCUCCGUCUGGGGAGCUUGUAGAUUUACGUGGUACUCCACAACGUACUAAAUUAGCUGGGUCAAUGAUUACUGGUUUAUCCAGUGUAGAAGUAGCUUAUGUAAAAGAAUUACAAAAUUAUAAUGAUCAUGUGCUUAGGGGAAUAACUAAGCCAAAUUUGUUUAAUGCAUUUUGUGAAGCUGCAAAGUCAUUUGAUGACAAAAAAAUUGUGGACCUUUGGAAAAUGGUUAAAUGUAUGGUAAAUAUUCGACCAGUCCCCAGAGAAGAUCAGAUCAAAUCAAGAGGUACACCUAUUGUUGAACAAGAAAUUGUAUUACAUGCAAGAAAAUACUUGGAAGAUAGAUACAAAGAAUUUAUGAACUCUGUUAUUAAUGAAAACCCUGCUCAAGCCAAACGGGGUGGCAUUCCAGGCACUGUGCCAUUAGUUAAAAGUUUUGUCAGUGUUAAAGUACAAAAUCUGAAAGAUUUAGAAGCUGUCAUGGUUGAAGACAAACCAUUGUGGCCUUUAGUUUAUUAUUGUAUGAGGGUUGGUGAUUACAAAGCAGCAUUGCAAUGUCUUAGUCAGUGUAACACAGAAUUUCCAGAAUUUAAAAUUGCCUUGGAAGAAGCUUGUUGUGAUGUUCAGAGACAUCCUAGUAGUUCUGCAGAAUCAAAUUUAAAGUUACAAUACAGAAAACAUGUUAGAUCAGUUACUGACCCAUAUAAAAGAGUUGCAUAUUGUGCACUAGUUCCUUGUGAACCUGAUGACUUGCACUCUGAUGUAAUAUGCACAGCUGAUGAUUAUUUGUGGUUGAAACUAUGCCAGGUUAAAGAUCAACCAGAUGCAGAAAAUAAAUUGACCUUAGAUUAUUUACAAACUAUGAUAUCAGAAAUAUAUGGAGAAUCAUAUUAUCAUGCUCACGAACAACCAUUUGUAUAUUUUUCAAUGCUAUUUUUAACUGGUCAGUUUGAAGCUGCAAUUGAAUUUUUGGCAAGAGGUGCAGCAGCAAGGCAUCUACCACAUGCUGUGCAUUUAGCGGCUGCUAUGCAUGAACAUAACUUAUUAGGAGUUAGUCAAAGUGUCUUAGCACCUUUAAUAAGCGUUGAUCCUGCUGAUAAGCCUCCUGCUAAAAGAUUAAACUUUGCCAGAUUAAUAUUAUUAUACGUUAAACGAUUUGAUUCUACAGAUCCAAAGGAAUGUUUACAUUACUUAUUCUUAUUAAGAUCUAUGAAAGAUCCGCAUGAUCGUAACAUGUUUGCUGCAUCAGCUGCAGAAAUGGUAGUUGAUAUUUCUCCAGCAGUCAGAACUCAAUUAAUUGGAAAGAUAGUAGAAGAUCGUUGGAUACCAGGAAUUUUAGAUCAAUUCCAAAUUAAUACAGAGGAUGUUAUAAACAUAAGCGCAGAUACAUUAUAUAGAAAAGGUCUUUUAGAAGAUGCAGUGACAGUAUAUGAUCUUGCUCGCAAUCACGAAAAAGUUCUUAGUCUCAUGUGUACGCUCUUGGCGCAAGUUGUUAAUCAAAGGACUUCUCCGGGAUCACUCAGAUCUCGAUUGCAAGUGACUGCUACCGACAUAAGCAAAAGGUAUCAAAACAUUGAGAUACAAGCACCUUCUGAAUUGGUAUCUGCAUUUUACACUUUAAAGCAUCUAAUGGUGUUCUUUGAUCAAUUUCACAAUGAACAAUACCAGAGUGCGCUUAGGACUAUUUCGGAGUCGAAAUUACUACCAUUAAAUAUAAAAGAAGUCGACGAAAGAGUAAACGCGUUGCGGCGAGUACCACCUGAAGUAACUGGUACAUUAGCCGACGUUCUUUUAGCUACAAUGACAAUACUUUAUCGUCAAUAUCAAAAGUUACGAUCGAUGGAACCAGGCGAUGAAGAAGCAAGAAAACAGCAACUUCUUGAUCUUCGAGAACAAGCACGAGCAUUAACUAGUUUCGCAGGAACACUUCCGUAUCGUAUGCCAAAUGAAACAAAUAGUAAACUUGUACAAAUGGAGAUCCUUAUGUGCUGAAUUAAACAUAUUUCUUACUUUAUUUUCGAUAUACUACUGUAAGUGAUACAACUGAUACAUUUGUGCGAGCGAAUUAAUGAGGCAUAAAUAAUAAUAUGUGUUUACAAUUCUUCAAUUUUUAAAAGUAUUAUAAAUACAAUGUAUAUAUUUUUUUGUACUUCCAUAAGUUAAACAAAAAUUAUAAAUAGAAUAAAUGUAUUGACUUUCGAGAAGCGCAAUUGAACAUAAGAAAUGCGAUUAGUAAUUUAUUUUUUUAGUAUGUUUAAAAUAUAUUUAUUUUAUUGAUAAAAUUUUUUACCCAAAAGAAUUAUUGUCAUUUGUACUUUUGAGAGAUGUAAUAGAUAUUCCAUAACUAAGAUCUUGGACUUUCCCUUCUUUCAUAGCUCUAUAGUCAAGCAACAUUUCUUUGAAGGACAUGAAAUCUGUAAAUGUUGAUAGCACUUCAAAUACUUCACCUUCCAAUUCAUUUUGCUUAUUACUGUAUCAUUCAAUAAUCAUUAAAAAAAUCUUUUAGUAAUAUUUACGAUUUUCAUAUAUAUUAAGUAUAAAAUUGUUAUGCUUACUUUAAAUGUUCUAAAAAUGUGUCAAUAUUAAAAUGUGGUAUAAUCUUUUGCAAGUAAUUAACAAUAUAAUUUUCUACAGCCUUAUUCUAUAAAAAUCAUGUAUCAGUACAUAAGUAUAAAAAAUUUGUUACUUUCAUCACUGAACUACUUACAUAUUCAUUAAAUAUAUUUGUGUAAAUUAAUUUAUUUUCUUCCGCAGGCUCAAAAACAUCCCAAUAAUUAUCUAAAAAUUUUUUUUGAAUAGCAUGGAAAUCGUCUUACAUAAUUCCAAUUGUUUACAAAAUUAAGGCACUGUUUAUUUCUAUGGUAGAACAGCUUAUUAUUUGUCAGAUAUCAUCGAUAUCAAUAGGUCGAUAAUUGUUGAAAACGAGAAUCGAGGGAAUAUUAUU